AUGAAACCAAGCUUAUUGAAGGCUGCUACAAGAUUCACUGGUAACCUUACCAGAAGAAACCUUGGUCCUCGCAUAAUAACAAGAAAUCUACAUACCAAGAUUGAUUGUAAAAGAUUAUUUCAUUCUUCAUCCCGUCAAUUAUUAAACGUUGAUCCUUAUAAAACUUUGGGAGUCGAUAAAAGCGCCGAUGCCAAAGAAAUCAAAAGGGCUUACUAUCAAUUGGUUAAAAAAUACCAUCCCGAUGUUAAUAAAGAAAAAGACGCUGAGACCAAAUUUCAUAAGAUUCAAGAAUCUUAUGAGUUAUUAAGUGAUAAAGAUAAAAGAGCUCAGUAUGAUCAAUUUGGCUCGAGUGCUUUCGAUGCCAACGGUAAUUCCAAUCCAUUCGCCGGUGGCGGUAAUCCAUUCGCCGGUGGCGGUAAUCCAUUUGGUGGUGCCAGUGGGUUUGGUGGUAUGGGAUUUGAUUUUGAAGAUUUAUUCAAGCAAGCUUUCACUGGUGGUAGAGGUGGUAGAAGUGGUAGAGGAGGAGAUGGCUUUGUCACUUCUCAUGUUGGUGACGAUAUUGAAGUUUUAAAGUCAAUCAAAUUCAAAGAAUCAAUUUUCGGUACUAAAAUUAAUAUCAAUUAUAAAGCAGUUUCAAGUUGUGGUACUUGUAAAGGAAGUGGGUUGAAAACCGGUAAGAAAAAAUCAACCUGUCCAACUUGUCAUGGUACUGGUCAAAGUACUCAUAUAAUCGGCGGGUUCCAUAUGGCUUCUACUUGUAAUACUUGUCAAGGUAGUGGGGUUACUGCUCAUAAAAACGAUCAAUGUAAUUCUUGUCAUGGUAAUGGGGUUGAAGAAUCUCCAAAACAAGUCAGUGUCGAUAUUCCUCCAGGAGUUAGUGAUGGUACUAGAUUAAGAAUUCCCGGUGGAGGUGAUGCUCCAUUCGUUACAAAAGAUCCUUAUACUCAUAUUGAAAAUGGGGAUUUGAUUAUUAGGGUUCAUGUUGAAAAAGAUUCAAUCUUUAAUAGAGUUGGUAAUAAAAUUCAAAUUAACCACGAAAUCCCAAUGACAACUGCUUCAUUAGGUGGUGAAAUUAUUGUUCCUACCAUUGAUGGAGAAAAAAUUAAAUUGAAAAUCAGACCUGGUGUUCAAAACGGCCGUACCUUAACUAUUCCUGAAAAGGGGGUUCCAUUGAAUCGUAAUGUAAAUAAUAGAACUGAUAUGGAUGUGAUUUUAAAUGUUAAAACUUUAAUCCCUGAAACUCCAAUUCAAACCGCUUUAUUAGAGGCUUUGGCCGAUGCUUUCAACGAUAAAACUGCUAAGAGAACCGAUGCUCACUGGAAAUUAGAUUUGGAAGAUGAACCUUCAAAUGAUGAUAAAAUUGAUAAAACUUUCGACGAAAAAGAUUUACAUCCUUCCAAAUUGAAGAGAAUUGGUAAAUUUUUAAAUCGUUUUUUCAAUUUAAAAGAUGACGAUAAGAAAUAA